CUUAGAUAGAGCCUGGAUAUGAGGAUUGUUAAAGAUGGCGGAAAAUCUGGGAACUUUUUGGCGUAUUUCUGUAGCUUAGUUUCGGAGUGUGAGGAGGUGAAGCCACAGUAUAAAUUAAUAGCCAGUCUACCUGUGUAGUUCUAUUGUGUGAGAAGAAAUGGGUCUGUUGUCAGAUGUCCAUGGCAGGAAGAAAGUUGUAGAUAUCUUGGUGGCUCACUGCUCAAAAUUGUGUAUACUUAGUUAUAUUAUCGGCAUUGUCUGGCUGUGUGCUUUGUCUGAUCGAGCAUUCAAUGGCCGGGUUUAUUUUUCUGAAAAUGCAUUGCUACCUGGACUGGUUGAAGCAGAAUACAAGAAUCACAGACUUGCUUCUGAGUUGUAUGGGAAGUUAUCAACACUGCCAGAAGGAGAUAUGAGUAAUGCUGCAUCACAGAUGAUCAUGAAUGCAAUGGAAAAUAUUGGCCUUCAGACUUAUCAACAGAACUUCACAGUCCACUUGCCGUUUCCUGGUGUUUCAGAGCUGCCAGAUGUGGCUGGCUUGAAUGUUUAUGGGAUUCUCAGGGCUCCCAGGAUAGCAGGCACUGAGGCAGUGGUCAUUAGUGUUCCUUACAACCAAGGCAAUAACAAAGGAGCUCUGGCAUUAAUGCUUUCAUUUGCAGACCAUUGUCGCAGUAAGUUUGAAAAGUGUUCCAAAUCAAAUCAUACAGGGCCAAAUAGGACAGGGCGUAUGCUAGCCAGGUCAGGAGUGAUCUUGUCCUCAAACUUAGUUACUCAAAAUGACAGGACUUGUCAACGGUUUUUUUUUUUUUUUUUCUUUACAGAUAUUUCUUCUGCUCCACUUGAAGGACAUUCUGGUUCUAUUCAAGCUGCAUUGAACUUGGAGUUUCCACACGAAAAAGUCAACUCCUUUGAGAUUGCUAUUGAAGGAAUAAAUGGACAACUGCCUAAUCUUGAUCUUGUUAAUACCGUGUUCAGGCUGUGCCAUAAGGAGCGUAUUCCAGCAACACUGCAUACAGAGGGAUACCAUGAACGCUUAGGAGCCUGGGCAGACUCUGUGCAAUCCCUUGUUACCAUGGUGAUGAUGAUGUGUUAUCAAGCCUCUGGUAGGGCUUCUGGAAAUCAUGGCUUAUUUCACAGAUAUCGCAUUGAAGCUCUCACAAUGAGAGGAGCUGGAGAGACGUGGGAGUAUGGACGUGGUUUUCUGGAAACUGGAAAGGUCAUUGAAGGUAUUUUCCGCAGCUUAAACAACCUCCUAGAACAGUUCCACCAGUCAUUUUUCUUCUACCUCCUCCCAGAGUCUCAUCGAUAUGUGUCUAUCGGUAUGUACAUGCCGCCCUUUGGCUGCCUUCUGCUAGGCCCUGCCAUCAUGGCCAUAGUUCUCUGGACAUUAGCAGGGUCUGCGCCAGAAAAUGGGUCAAAGGUUGACACCUCACAAGAGGAAGGGGCCCCAGAGGAAGAAUCAGGGGGAAAGAAAGUUGCGAAUAGCGAAGGUUAUGUUCGUCCUAGGGAAAAAGAAGUUCCUGAUCUGGAAGACAAGGUUGCUUUUUUACGAUAUCCUCCCGACAUUGGAAGCGUUGUGCCGAUUGUCAUGACAACGCACUUGGCUGGUGUGUUAGUGUUCUGUUCUCCAGAUCUUGGUUAUAAACUGGGACAAGUCACAGGAGCAGAUCCUUUGCUGUCUUCAUAUGCAGGAAUGGCUUGCUCCUUCCUUGUGUUAGUGCUUUUUCCAUUUAUCACCAGGAAUUCAAGUGACGCUGUCCCUGAUCACGUGACCCUGAGAAGCCAUUACAUGCUCAAGUGUGCAGCACUUAUACUCUUCUCGGUUCUCAUGGGAACAAUGGCUGCCAUGAACUUCUCUCUGGCGUUCUUUGUUGCCAUGUUCCAUGUGCCCGUGUACUUGUUUGUGAAACCUUCAUGUAGCAGGACUCGUCGUACCAUUCAAGCUCUUCUGUUGCUUUUGGUGUGGCCGCCCAUGAUUCUUUUCCUCCUGUCGCUAGCGUACAAUGCAAUAGUUUCAGGAAAUCAUGCUAACAUUGCUUCCAUACUUUCGUCGACUCUGGCAACUGUCCAGCAAUCCGUGACGUCAUCAAUCAGAGAAGCCCGGAUGUUAGGCACGUGGUCCUUUGCUAUGACGUGCCUUGGCUUUUUACCAAACUGGCUCAUGUUUUGGUGUUUAGCGUGGCGUUGAACGCUUGACCGGAACUUUGCAGUGCAUUUUCAGGUUUAAUUAGAAACACUUGUUUAUGUACUGAGCAACGGAACAACGAUGAGAAAACACUUUGUCAAUGAGCAACACUCUCUUCAGCUUUUAAAUGUGUACAUUUGUUCCCUAUUUUACCGCUUUGUUUUUCACACUGUCUUUCCGCGUAUAUUUUUCAUCUCGCGCCUUUGAAUUUUAGUUUUGAAAGGCUUUAGACUGUAAGCUGAUAGCCUACGAGUAGUCCCAUUUUCGCUAGUCCGUCGAGCGUUACCGUAAAUCGCGCGACCAUUUUUUUCGCGAUUUUCUUUUGCGUCACGCACGACGGUCUAAGCGAGAGAGGGUCUACUCGUAGUCGUAGGACGCUUAAAGCUAACGACUCGCGUUCUUAACCGGAGAUUGCUUUUACACAAGAUGAUUUGGAAUCCUGGUUACUCCUGGAGGUGAUUUUAAUUCCGCCGUCACACCAAGUGACAAAAUCGUAGACUACUCACUUGAAAAAAGAUUUUCCCUUCCAGAGACUACACCAAGUGACAGUUAUGACGUCACUCUAAAAGCUUCUUUCAUCAAUAUUUUUCCAAGAGGUAAACUAAUACGAAAAAAUUAACUUCCUUCUUCAAAUGGAAUUAAUAUUCGAAAAUGGCGGUCGGAGUUUCGAAACGUAAACAUUAAUUUAGGCAUAGCCUCUUUGUAAACCAAUACGGAUGCCAUAUUUCUCUGCCUGUUUAAUUCUCUGUUUUCCUUAGCUUAUGACGGUAAAUUUUUAUCGUCUGCGGUUAAUGGGAAUAGUUCUGUGUUUUUCAAUAGGAAGUUCAAAAUGUCCUCUGAAUAUCAGCUGACGCCAUUUUCAUGUAUUUACACUGAAGUUGUUCCAGCGUGAGGGUAUUAAUUGAAGCUGGGAAUGAUUUGGCUGUCAAAAUUUAGGAGAACUUGGCAGUUAAUUGUGCUAGGGAUUUUCGAGCUGGAGUGGGUUUCUCUCUAAAUAUAGUAAUUUAAUUUAAUUUUUAAUGCUCCGCAAUAACACGGAAUGACACCAAAAUAACACCGGAAUGAACCUGAAAUGACACUGGAACGUACCGGAAUAACAGGUAUACAGGAAUGAACAGAAAUGAACCGGAAUAGUACCGGAAUGACACCGAAAUGAUGCCUGGGGCGUAACCAGGAUUUUUCAAAAGGGGGGAGGGGGGUCACUGUGUCAAGACGAGGUUUCUCGCCAGAUUGUCAUGUCGUUUUCGCCGCCUGUUGUACUGUUUUCUUAAAAAAGGCUUACAAAAGGGCUUACAAAAAGGGGGUUGACGGGCACCCCAGGAUCCCCCCCUUAGCUACACCCCUGGAUACCGAGAGGAAUCGGAAAUAUUGGCGCAGGGUAUGAUAACGAAAAUAUUAGGAAAUGGUGAAAGAGCUAGAAAUUAAACGUUGUGACAGUCCUUCA